UCUGCCUCUACCAAGAUGGCGGAUCCCUCUUUCCUGUGCGGGGCGGAAUGUGUCCCGGCGCGGCUCCCGCGGCCCGCAACGCCGGGGUUCCGGGCGGCGGGCCGCACCGGGCCAGGCCUAGCAGCAGCAGCGUCAGUGGUAGGCUGGGUGGCGAGAGCGAUGGCGGCUCCUCUCGCCCUGCUGCUGAGCGUCAGCCUCGCCCUGGCACCGCCACUGGCUCAAGCCCGGAGCCUGCGUUUCGUUACCCUGUUGUACCGCCACGGGGACCGCUCCCCAGUGAGGGCCUAUCCUCGGGACCCCUAUCAGGAGAGCACGUGGCCGCAGGGAUUUGGGCAGCUCACCCAGAUUGGGAUGCUGCAACAAUGGGAUCUGGGCCAGUCUCUCCGGAAGCGUUACCAUGGAUUCCUGAACGCCUCAUACAAUAGGCAGGAGAUCUUCGUUCGCAGCACAGAUUAUGACCGGACGCUGAUGAGUGCAGAGGCCAAUCUGGCAGGACUGUACCCCCCACAAGGACAACAGGUGUUCAACCCCAAUGUUUCCUGGCAGCCAAUCCCUGUACACACUGUGCCUGACUCUGCGGAGAGGCUGCUGAAGUUUCCAUUAUCCCCUUGCCCGCGGUAUGAGCAGCUACAGAAUGAAACCCGGCAGUCGACAGAGUACAUAAAUAAAACCAGACAGAAUUUGGAGUUCCUGGAGAUGGUGGCAAAUCAGACAGGGAUCCGGGAUGUGUCCCUGGAAUCUGUCUGGAACGUGUAUGACACACUUUUUUGUGAGCAAACACAUAAGCUGCUACUGCCGCCAUGGGUGACCCCAGAUGUCAUGACUCGGUUGAAGCAACUAAAAGACUUUGGCUUUGAAUUCCUGUUUGGGAUCCACCAGCAGACAGAGAAAGCUCGUCUGCAGGGUGGGGUCCUGCUGGCUCAGAUAAGGAAAAAUAUGACCUCAGCAGCAAAUGCGUCUGCACCCCAGCAUCUGAAAUUACUCGCCUACUCAGCACAUGACACAACGCUUGUGGCACUGCAGAUGGCUCUGAAUGUCUACAAUGGGAGGCAAGCACCAUAUGCCUCAUGUCACAUAUUUGAGCUUUACCAAGAUGACGACAGUAACUUUUCUGUGGAGAUGUUUUUCCACAACGAGAGUGGGAGGGAGCCUUUUCCACUGACACUGCCUGGCUGUGAGCAGCGCUGCCCCUUGCUGGAUUUCCUGCAGCUCACUGACCGGAUCAUUCCCCAGGAUUGGGCGCGCGAAUGCCAGGUAGCAAGCAAUGUUCAGGACACAGAACUGAUUGUGGCUCUGGCUGUCUGUGGAUCCAUCCUCUUCCUCCUCAUUAUCCUCCUCCUGACUGUCAUUUUCCGCAUACAGUCCCAGCCACCCGGCUACCGGCAUGUUUCCAACGAGGGAGAAGAGCAGCCGUGACAAUUGCUCUGACCCCUCCCCAGGGAGCAAGAGGGAGCAGUGCUGCCCCUGGGAGUGGUUGGGUUGGCCUUCAGUAACUGAGCAUUCUUCUGCACAGAAGCUGGACUCUGAUGUGACCAGCCUCUGGGUGCUCUUUAGCUCAGACAUGACAUUUGGAGGUGAAAUCCCAGGGCCUCUGGAGCAGGAUGGUCCAACUGCAUGGAGGCAGUGGAUUGCCCCCUUGAAUCCAGUGUACUGUGUGGAAUGCCUGCUUUUAAUACAUGACAACGCUGGGGCUCCCCUUCCACAGCCAGCUGCUCUUCAGGAAUAAUCUUUCUCCUUUUAAUGGUUGUAAUUUUACCAAUUAUCUUAGCAGCAGCAAAGAAGACUGGGAAUCUCUGCCAUCAUCUGCUCAGUUGUUAAUGGCCUUCUUCACUAAGGUCAGAAUGAUUUGAUUUCAGUGUGAUUCCCAAUCUGCUUUGAGCACUUUGUCUUGAGCCAUUGGGCUGAUUACUGUGUGAAGGCUGGACCUGGACCAGAAGCCCCAACUCACACCCACUGGGUAGAGGCUGAAUCCUCAUCUGGUUUCCAAGAAGAUGGAGCUGCUGGAGAUCACUGGCUUUACAGAUGAGGUUGUGAGGUCCCUUGUCUUUGCUACUUAAGUACUGCUGGCACCUGGGCACUCCUCCUUCGUCGCCCUCCACGCCCCCCAAUUCAGUUCUGAGGAAAAACUGCAGGGGUAGGUUGGAGAAGUUCCAGGUAUCAAUGGACUUUGCCACAUGGAUUAGCCCAUAUCAUACCCAAUUCCUGAUCCUUCAGAGUUACCAUGUACCUAGGCUGUUGUGCAAAGGAGAAAGUACCCUGCCUGCUCCCUGAGCUUUAAUUGCAUUCAUAAUCCUAAUUUGCAGAGCUACAAUCGGUGGGUGUGGUUAUGAAAUUGUGGAGUUCUCUCUAAAGUUACAGCCUUUUGUUUUGACCUCCCCUGGCUGUGAAUGCCACAGGCUGCCUCUGGCUACACUGUACCACACCAUGGGUGCAGAUGUUGACUGUGGGCCAAACAAAUGUGCAUGGCAGGCAGAAAAUUUUACACUGCAAUUAAAGACCAUGUAGCAGAACUGUUUACUCCAAAACUGGGACAGGUGCCAAUCUUGCUAGUUUUUUUCCCCCCAUAUUGGUGUCAUUUAAAAAACAUGCUCAGCUUAAUAGGUGGAACAUGCAAGUAACUGUGGGUCACUAUGCAUCUGUCAGGGUGAAUCACUUGGAUCUUGUAGAUGAGUCACUAAAGGUGACUCUUUCCUUAGGCCAACUGUGUGGAGGCUGCAGGGAUCUCCCUGCAGACUACAGCAGGUGUUGAGAAUAUUAAUGGCUAGCAGUCAUCAUCUUCUGCCCUCCACUACAGUUUCUGGUGAAGAGUGAGGGCGCAGCAGACACCAGAGGCUCUGGCUCCUCAUAGGGUGAUGCUGCACAUUCACUUCCCAGUUUUAGUUCCUUUUCUGGUCCAGUUCCCUUCCUGGCAGUGGAGGCUACUAGCAGGCUUCCUUUUCUUUCCCUCUACUUUACAGGCUGCUACCAGCAUGGAAACUCUAAUGCAGCAGAUCCAGCCUGCUGCUCUCAGCAACUGCCUUACCUGUUUCUCACUUGAAGAUACAACUUAGUUCUUCUAAAGGGCAAAACAGUCACAAAGAACAAGCAGCUGUUCAUGAGAACAGGACUGAAGGAGAAAGAUGCAUGGACGUGCCGUCACAGGGGCCAGUGUAGCAGAAGGGGCUAUUUCUAAAGGCAGCAAAUUUUGCACACAUGGAGGAAAGGCUUCUAUAGUGAUUUAGACUUUGACUCAAUGAGUUUCUGUAAUUCUGUUCCAUUACCUCUUGCCUUUUCUUCAUUAAAAUCAAAUUGAGACUGAGCUCCUGCUGCUACUCCUGCUGUGUGGACUCAUAGAGGCCUAGGCCUGUUAGGUUCUGCAUUUAAUGUGGAAGCUAUUGCAACAUUCACCUUUUCACAGGACAAAAAUGGAGCAGGAGAAGCAACAUGAAGAGAGGGAGAAAUCCUGCUAUGAACAACCCCAACCAAAGCAGGGGAAGAGCAGAGGUCAUUUUCAUAUGUUUUAUGAUUCUCUUCAUAUUAUUUUU